AUGGUCAGACUGAGUAAAGGUAGAACUAGAGAUUCAUUAUCUGUUGUGCUAAGUUUUGUUAUUGAACGUUAUUCGGAAAAGGAUCUUUUCAUGGAAGGGUUAGAGGUAUUUAGGUCGAUGAGGCUUCGUGGUUGUACUCCCACGGUUCGAUCCUGCAAUGCGCUUCUUGAUGCUUUGCAGAGAGAGAACAAGAUUCGGCUGGCUUGGUGUCUCUAUGGUGCCUUGAUUCGCUUUGGCUAUAGACUUGGUCGCUCUACGUUGUCAAUUGUUACUCAGAUUUUGAGUAAAAAUGGAAAGUUUGACACAAUUGGCAGAUUGUUAGACUCUGGGAUUUAUGAUUCGAAAAUUUAUAAUAUUGUCAUUGGUUGUUAUAGUGAUAAAGGAGACUUCAAGUCUGCAUUUGAUGCCUUGAAUGAAAUGAGUACUAGGAAACUUACCCCUGAUUUUGUUACUUACACUUCAAUCCUCGAUGGAGCAUGUAAACUUGAUGAUGUUGAAGUUGUGGAGAGGAUAAUCAAUACAAUGGUAGAGAAGGGACUUCUUCCCAAGUGCUCAUCAUCAUUCAACUACGAUUUAGUGGUUCAAAAACUGAGUGAUAUCGGCAAGACAUUUGCCGCAGAAAUGUUCUUUAGGGGGGCUUGUCAGGAGAAUAUUAGCUUGCAGGACCGUACUUAUGGGUGUUUACUAGGAGCACUAUCCAGGGAGAGGAGAAUCAGGGAAGCAAUUUCUGUAUAUAAUAUAACUUCUCAGAGAGGUCUUACUUUGGACCAUGGCAAUUAUCAAGCACUGGCUAAUUUUCUCUGUGAAGAAGAUCAGUGUGUAGAAGUGGAAGGUUUUGAACUGUUGAAGGACAUUGUAAGAAGAGGAUUUCUUCCUUAUUCAUCAAACUUGUCCAAGUUUAUGACAUCUCUGUGUAAUAAAGGUAGAUGGAGAGAAGCAGAGGAUUUGCUGGGUGCUCUUCUAGAUAGAGGCAUUGUGCCUGAUUCUUGUUUCUGUAGCUUAUUGAUGAAGCACUACUGCAAUAGCAGGCAAGUUGAUUCAGCCAUUGAACUGCAUUGUAAGAUAGAGCAGUUGAAUGCGAGUUUGGAUGUCACGGCUUAUAAUGUAUUUCUCAAUAGACUUUUUGUAGCGAGGAAGAUUGAGGAAGCUGAUAAAGUGUUUGACUACAUGAGAAGACAGGAUUUACUUAGCAGUGAGGGUUUUGUAAUAAUGAUACGUGAGCUGUGUAAAGUGAAGGAACUUAGAAAGGCCAUGAAACUGCAUGAUGAAAUGUUGAAGAUGGGGCUUAAACCAGAUAAACCCAAGUAUAAACGUUUGAUAUCUGGUUUUGCAUGA